AGAUAGACAAAUAAGAUGUGUUGAUAGUUUGACGCAGGGUAGCAGGAAGGUGCAUUUAUGUAAUUAACCACCCAAACCAAAUCCAAGUAGAUUAAACCAGACCAGUGUCUACAACUCAUAAAUAUAUAUAAUCGAGUUCCUUCCGACCACCCGACAACGGCGGAUUUGAACACACAAACGCCGUGAAAUGGGGUUCGUCUCCUUCCUCGGGAGGCUCCUUUUUGCCUCUCUUUUCAUCCUCUCCGCUUGGCAAAUGUUCAAUGAUUUUGGCAAUGAUGGCGGCCCUGCUGCAAAGGAACUAGCUCCGAAAAUUGUUUCUAUUCAGAGAUAUCUUGCCUCCAAGUUUGGAAAAGGCGUGCCAAAAAUUGACGUUAAGCAUGUUGUUUUGGCUUCAAUGGUUCUUAAAGGCGUUGGCGGGAUUUUAUUCGUCUUUGGCAGCACCACCGGUGCCCAUUUGCUGAUAUAUUACCUGCUACUUAUGACGCCAUUGCUACAUGACUUCUACGACUAUGACAUGGAUGAUCUAGCGUUUCAUCCUCAUCUUACAGAUUUCGUGCAGAGCCUAGCGCUGCUGGGCGCGCUUCUGUUUUUUCUCGGAAUGAAGACUGUGCUUCCAAGGAAGUUAAUCAAGAAGAGACAUUUAAAAGCUAAAACAACUUAGAUUCCUUAUGAAAAUGUUCUUUAUUUGAUGGAUGAUAACUACUUUUUUGCUAGAAUGUGCUUCGAGAGUUCGGCUUCUUUCUAGAACGAUUUUGGGAUGUAUUUUUGUUUUAAGUAACACGCGAAGAUGUUCGUUUAAUAAAAAAAACGUGUUCUUCGGUUUA